UUUGGUUAUGCCAUUUUAGUAUGAGAUGAGCUGUCUGCACUGCAGAGCAGAAGCAGUGUUGUUAAUACUUUUACUCCUAGGCUAGUGGAAUUUCUGUGCUAAACUGAUGUUCACUUAUCUGUCUCGCGAUUUAUACACCUGAUAGGAUUUCAUUUAUGUUCACUAAAAAAUUUUGGCUCAUUACAUUGUUAAGAUUUAUUCAUUUGAUGGAUAAUGUUUAGGCCUAGGUAGUUAAAAAUUUAAACCUCAGUAGGCCCUAGUCCUAUUGAGUCUCUAAGAGUGAGUGUAGGUCCUUUACCUUCAACAAUGGGAACUCUUGACAAACUUGUCAAAGCUUUGGAAGCUCUUAAAAUAAGUAAAGAACCUCCAUCAACUAUAGAAGAUGAAACACUUGUAAGAAGGAAGAAGAAAGUAGAAUUAUGCAAUUUUGUAGCAGAUACCAUGUGUUCUCCAAAUGUCAAAGGGGCUGCAAACUUUCCGUCGUUACUGUCAUUCUCCAUGGAGACGCUGUUGCAACUCUGUGAUGAUUCAGAUUCUAACAUUCGUUUGGUGGCUGAUGAAAGCCUCAAUAGGAUCAUCAGGGCUAUGAUGGACAACAACAUAGUCAAGGUGCAUGUUGAGCUACACAAGGAGAUUAAGAAGAAUGGAAGUGUUCGCUCCUUGCGUGCUGCACUUUGGAGAUUUGCUCAGCUGGCUCAUAUGAUAAGGCCCCAAAAAGGCAAGGCCUAUAUCCAGAACCUAGUGCCUAGCCUGAUAGAGAUUGCCAAACGUAGAGAGGAACCUGUGCUAGAGACUCUAGCUGCAUCCCUGCCUAGAAUACUGUCUGCUCUGGGCAACUUCACAACGGAUAACAACAUCAGGGAUCUUUUGAAGAGUUUGUUGGUCAACCUGAGUAGUGAUAUCACGGUAGUUCGCCGAACUGCAGCUACUAGUAUUGUCAGUGUUUGCCUCCACAGCCGCAAACCAAGUGUCUUCUUCUCAUACACUCUCAAUUCCUUGUUGGAUGGUAUUGUACCAGUCAAGGAGGGGGAGGAGUUGACUGUACAGGGAACACUAAACUGUGUGAGACUGCUACUACCACAUCUGACCCAGGCCACAGCUGGUGAUCAUGACUGUCUCUUUAGUGUUGAUAGGUUCAUACAAAUAUACGAGUUGUGUCUACACCUGAGUAGUCACCCGGACCACAACAUGGUGACUACAGCAUUAGAGACAUUACAUCAGUUGUUGUGUAUGAUGUUGCAGAUAUACGAGUUGUGUCUACACCUGAGUAGUCACCCGGACCACAACAUGGUGACUACAGCAUUAGAGACAUUACAUCAGUUGUUGUGUAUGAUGUUGCAGAUAUACGAGUUGUGUCUACACCUGAGUAGUCACCCGGACCACAACAUGAUAUACGAGUUGUGUCUACACCUGAGUAGUCACCCGGACCACAACAUGGUGACUACAGCAUUAGAGACAUUACAUCAGUUGUUGACAUCAGCUCCUAGACAACUGUUGGACACUCUCCUGUCUCCUCAAGGCAUCAGCAGAUCUCACAUACACACCCAGGCUGCUGAUACUGAAAAACUGUCUCGCAGAUCACUCAGUGAGAUGAGUGUGGCCUCAGUGACAGCAGAUUCUCCUCUGCUGGAUACACAAGAGGAGACAAUACAAGAUGGCAGACUGGUGCAAUGGAUACACUCCUCCUCCACCUCCUCCCAGAUAGACUCAGCCUCAGAAGAAAGUGAUACAGAGAAUAUAGGAAGUAGGAGAGAAGUUUUACCAAUUCUAGUUGGACCUUCUAUAGAGCGAGCUCCUAGUCUAGAAGCAGAUAUGUUGUUGGCUCGAGACACACCUUCGCCAGAAGCUACAGAUAAUCAACAAAGUCAAUCAGUCGCUAAUGUUCAGGUGUGGGAGGUAGGGUCUACACUAGAUGCUGGCCAGCCAGCUCUAUUACACUGUUGUCGUCGUCUAGUCACAGGGUUCCUGCUACCAGAGGGCAAUUCAGGGCCCAGAAUGCGUGUCAGUGUUAGAGCCUUGGCGUUACAAUGUCUAACUCAGUUAGUCCGUGUACAACCGUCUUUCUUCUUCUGCACUAUUGAUGUCAACAGCCAAGCUACCGCUGAUGGUUUUUCUCAUGUGAGUGAUGUGUUGUGCUUUGCGACCCACUCUGACCAGCAGUUGAGGGGUUUGUGUUGUGUUCUGGUUGGAACAUUUAUCUGCUCUUCAAUCACCACUGCUGCUACAACGUUUGAUCAGUGGGUCAACACUUGUCAACCGACCAAACCAGUCACCCUCCCCUCCCUAGUGUCACUUCUAACCACGGGUCUACAGGACGAGUCCUCCACAUGUGUGAGGCAUGCUCUGACCAGCCUCUGUGUCUGUCUAGGACCUCUGUUGUGUAGUCAUGACCACCAGACUGCUCUACCUAUACUGCCUGCGCUACUGAGAGUGGCAGACAACUCUUACUGGCUGGUCAAGGUGAAACUACUGGAACUGCUGGGAUAUUUGUCGUACCUGCAUAUCCACCAUGUGACAGGCAACAGUGAGUUCCAGUCCCAGGUGCUGCACUCUGUCAUGUUGGCACUGCUUGGGGACGAGGAUGCUCGAGUCAGGAAAGCUGCCUCUGAAGCAAUCACUAGAGCAUGUGAAAACAUGUUUCACCCGGUGGACUGGAACAGACUGGACAUUGUUAACUGUGCUGCGGCCUGUCUCAGAGACAUCUACCUCACUGGGCUGUUUGAUAGAGACUGUGAAAAGGCUGUGAGUUCUUCUGUAGAAGGUUCUUUAUCACGUGUUAUUUAUCUUCUUUCAAGACAACUACUACAAUCUUCCUCGAAACACCUAACGGCGGGGUGUUGUGAAGCUCUUAGCUCAUUGGCUGACAAGUUCCCCCCCUCCACCUACCCCAAGGCGUGGCACUGCUAUCUGAAGCAUCUCGCCUCUGAUACCAAGUCCUCUGUAAGUGCCUCAGGUCUUUUAGGUGUUCUAGUGGCAAUGUUAACUGCCUCACCUCUCUCUCUUGACCUGGACGUCCACAACUGGCUGCUACUGCUGGCUGCCAGUAUCUAUACUGGAUUAGCAACCAUGGGAUUAAAAGAAAAAGAAUUAAAUGAGAAAAUGGAAAACAAACAGUUGUGGAGUCACUUUCAAGACCCAAAGAUGGCUGGCUUAAGUGAGUCACUUCUGCAACACCUUGUGCGUAUGUUGUGUGUGUUUGUGAGAGUUCUGGAGGAAGCUCCUGGACCUAAGAACACCAACCCAUCACCAGUCAAGCGGCGACCUACACGCUCCUCCUCCCCAGCCAAGCUCACCCCCUCUACAGGUGAGAAAGACGCUGGGAAGGAAGAGAAAGGAAAGUUUGGUAAUUUCACCCAUCUUCCUCACUACAGCAAACUUUUUGAUAACCUACGAUCUGCUUAUACCAAUCACAAGACGCAGCUGGAAUGUGGUGACAAGAUGGCAGGACUGCUAGGCUCAGUACUACUUUGUAUCAGUCAAGUCUUGGAAUUCUCAACCCUGGCUGAGACAGGCAGGUGUGCUGAGGAACUCUUGCUAUAUUUACGAGUUGUUGUUUCAUUGGAACCAACCGCAAGUGUUGCUACGGUGCAACAGCUGUUGAAGAGUCUGUUUGGGUCCAACCGUGUAGCAGCUUGGGAGGAGGAAGGGAAGAUGUCCCUGCCUGAGCAACACUCUCCCUCCCAUUGCAACACCACCACCACCACACUGGGCUUCUAUGAUCUCAUACUUCGCAGGUUUCUUCAACAAAACACAUCACCUACAGAGUCUGACAUCCUGCCUAACAAGAACCGAAUUGACGACCCUGGCCAAGAUGGCUGCCACCGAAAUCCAUAUCCGCCGGAAUUCAGGAAUAAAUAGUACCUACAUA